AUGGAAUUCACUAAUAUUCAACUUGCCUUUGGAUUCUUAAGCUUUUUGAUUGCAUUUAUUUUAUUGCGUCGUGAGCGAAGUGUAAAAUUGAAUGAACCCCAUCUUGUGUAUUAUAAAUAUCCAAUUAUUGGACAUACUUUUGAUUAUCAUAAAGACAAUCAAAAAUUUAUGAAAGAAUGCUAUAAAAAGUACGGAGAAAUCUUUUCAUUAUACGUCUUUGGUCAAAUUAUAACUGUAGUUGGCAGAGAACAUUCUCCUGAAAUCUUCAAAAAUCACAAAGAAUUUUCUUUCACCGAAGCUACUCAAGAGUUUUUUCCUAUGCAUGGCUUUUUGAGUCGCCCAAACAAUUAUUUUGAUCAAGUAUCCACAGUUAUUCAAAGAAAUUUGUCAGGAGAUUUAAAAUUCUAUACGAGUCGAGUUCAAGAACAACUACUUAUAUCUAUUGAAAAAAUAAUUGGAGACGGUAAAGUUUUACAACCCCCUUUAAAAACCUUACAACUCCUUGUCGCAAAACCGGUUGCCGCUGCUGUGGCCGAAGAAUUGGCUGAUGAUAAAGAAUUGAUAAAUACAUUCGCAUAUGCUGUACAUGAUAUUGCUUCGUUCUUAGCAAUUCCACCUGUUUUAAGUUUCAUUAAUCCUAACUUGCAGAAGAAUUUUCUGAUAACGCUUUUUCAUUUUUCAAGCAAUCCCUUCAAAGGUCAUAGAGAACUCAUUAAAAGAAAGAUUACGCCAGUGGUUAAUAAACGAUUAAGUGAAAUGAAGAAGCUUGAUGGUGCUUAUACUCCACCGGUUGAUCUUUUACAAAAAUUUAUUGAACUUUUUGGUGAAGAUAUCGAAGGCAUCACGGAUUAUAUAAUUUCAGUAAUAUUUGCAGCUGUACAUACAACGUCAACAUUUCUUACUUAUGCUCUACAAGAAUUUGUAAAUAACCCGCAGAUUCAUGAGGAAUUACUAGAAGAACAAGAACAAAUGUAUAAAAGUAAAGAAACUGACUAUUACUCUAUUGAACAAAUUUCGAAAAUGGAAAAGUUAGAUAGUAUGGUUAGAGAAACAUUAAGAGUAUAUUCCGAUACGAGUGCAUUACCACAUAAAGUAUUGUCUCCUUAUUAUACAUUUGCAAGCGGACAUCAAGUUCCAAAAGGCCGAAGUGUUUAUAUUCGUAUGCAAGACAUUCAUUAUGAUGAUAAUCUUCAUGGCCAAAAUUCGAAAGAAUUUGAAGCUUUCCGACAUUUGAAAAGUAAAUCACCUGCCUCACGUAUUGAAAAGAGUUUCUUAAUAUUCGGUUUUGGUAAACAUGCUUGUCCAGGACGAUUUUUUGCGGUAAACGAAAUUAAAGUUGCUUUGCAUUACUUAUUAUUGAAAUAUAAUAUUAGAAAGGUUGGCGAUGAAAAAAUUAAACCAAUAAUGAUGGGAGCUUCAGUUUUUCCUAGUGAUGAAGG